UUGGAUGAUCGCGACAUAUAUCUGCGGCCGCACCUUUUGUUUGAUAAGGCUUGCACGACACAAGUGGUCUCAGAUAUCACCAUGAAGUCGGUCGUGUGCUUUGGUCUUUUCGUCGUGGCGGUUUCGGCCUCGCCCGCUCUGGUUAGUCUGCGGGCAAGGGAAUCGUCCAGUUGCCCCCCAUCUUCUGGAUUAGGAGGUGCUUGUGUCUUCAUCAAAGGCAUCAACUGCAUCACCGACAGCGAGUGUUCUGAUGGUAAAGUGUGCUGCAGCGAGGGGUGCGGCAGUGUCUGCAAGGCCCCCCUCCACCUCCAGCCAGUGAAGCGCGCAUCUGGCUCGUGUCCCGCCCCUUCUGGUAUGAUAAGUAUUUGUCUUUUCGUCCCUGGCGUCAACUGUAUCCAAGACAGCGAGUGUUCUGACGGCAAGCUGUGUUGCAGUGAAGGUUGUGGAAAGGAGUGCAAAGAUCCAGUAACUCACGGUAAAAGGGAGGUAACUCACGCAGGUUCGUGCCCAAAGGCUGACCAGAACAUGUUCGGGUUCUGCAUAUUCCGUCCUGGCAUCAACUGUGUGAGUGAUGACGAGUGUACAGCGGACAAGAAGUGCUGCCAAGAAGGUUGUGGAAGGGUCUGCAAGACGGCUGUUUAGAUUCAUGUUUGUUUAAAAUCGUCAGCGGUAAAAUUGGAAUUUACCAAA